UUUUUUCCUCCGCGCUUCGUCGGCUUUCUCGACCACUUUCCGGAUGGCGUCCACCGUGGAUCUCCCUUUACGGAAGCCGAACUGCCUCGCUGCUAAGCCAUGCUCGCUCUCCGUGUACUUGGUCAGCCGCUUAACCUGGCCAUGGUCUUCGUUUCGUACAUACACUUAUGGUACUCGGGUCUAUAUGACCCAGAAAUGUUUUUGGCUGCCAAAAUUCGGAAUCUUGACCGAUUUUGGAUGUCAUGGCCGCAAAUGAAACGUUAGAAUGUCUACUUUGCGAUUCCGACUGGCAGAACCGGUUUUGGGCACUGUGGCCUCCGGGAACCUGCUACAACCGAACACUACAUACUACCCCUGACUGUUUGGGAUCGUUCCGGCCGACUGUGGCCAAUCCGGAACCGGUUCCAGGGUACCGCCAAAACGGUUCCAAUAAUGGUACUGCUAGAAACCCGUCUUGUUGCAUAUCAAACUUCAUGAAAUUGAAAAUUAUGACCAUCUGAGGUCAUGCCGAUAUCCUCUGACUCAACCUGGUCAUGCUGGAACCGGUUACCGGUGGCCAGUGGGGGACACUUCCGGAGUAUGCAGGAAAGCAUAUCAUGCGACAUAUCAAACGUCAUGAAAUUGAAAAUUAUGACCAUCUGAGGUCUUGCCGAUAUCCUCUGACUCACCCUGGUCACGCCGGAACCGCCCAAGUAACCAUCCAGCAUUAAUAUAAAUCAUAAAUUAGCUGUUCAUCAGCAUUCACCAGCUAGUUAGUCAUAAAACAGCUAAGAUCAAAACAAAUCAGCUCUUAAACAAUUGCUUUAGGCUUUGCUGAAAUGCAGCUGAAUUAAUGCUGCUCCUAGCAACACUGCUGGAUUUUUUUUCCCAUUAACUGGCAACACAGAAGAGGUGUGAAAGAGAGAGAAUGAAGCAAACGAAAAUAAACACAUUUCUUACUCGCUCAUCCCUUCAACUAGAACAACCAUCACAAACCUGCGGAGAAAAUUUCCGCUGUCAGUUGGUGGCUGAGAUUCACCGUGAUUUCAUGCUUUAGCAGGUGCAGUCGAUUUUUUCAGUCCUUAUCGAAAUUUUUCGUAAGAGCUGAAUAAACAAAAUGAGGACUAAUGUUGCGAUUAUUAUGAAAGAGAAUCGCUUCUUUUAAAAAAUGUAGGUUGGCCUAAAGGUUGAUAUUUUUCGGGCCUCUUCGGUGCCUAAAGAAUCUUCAGAAUUCGCCGUGGGUACUGGGGUACUGAUGAUAAUGGAGGAUCCUGCCCCAGCAGAGUCUGACGGAGCAUAUACCACAGAGUUAUUUUAGGUAUCAUGUAAAGUACAAGCAUUGGUAGGUUUAAAAACAGCUGCGGUAAGCCAACUCCAAAUUGGGCGAAUGGAUAAAGGCGCUGAAAAUUCAACACAUCGGCGGCAAGCUCAAGCAUCAAGGCAUCCCAUCUCCAACAUCUACCUUUCACGCCAAAAAUCGGCUCUUCCCCACACGCGGACAGCUGAGUCGGUAACGUGGUAGUAAACAAACCAAAAAUAGAUCAGAGAAGAUGGGGAGGGGAAAUAGAGAGAGCCGAGAGAGCCACAUUUUUGCUACUCUCAAUUUUUUUUGACGUUUUGUGCAGGGUUGGAUCAACAACAGUAGAGGCUAGCUGGAAAUCAGAAAUAUAAAGUCCAAAACCGAUCGCAAAUCAGCUGUAAAAGCGCUUUUAGUGCAGAUGUCUAAACUUGUUAGCAAUAAUCCGCAGCUGGUAAAGCGCUUGUAGUGCUGAACACUGACUUGUUUUAGUGCUGUUUGGUUACUUGGGCGGUUACCGGUGGCCAGUGGGGGACACUUCCGGAGUAUGCAGGCAAGCAUAUCAUGCGACAUAUCAAACUUCAUGAAAUUGAAAAUUAUGACCAUCUGAGGUCAUGCCGAUAUCCUCUGACCCAACCUGGUCACUCCGGAACCGAUUACCGGUGGCCACUGGGGGACAAUUCCGGAGUAUGCAAGGAAGCAUAUCAUGCGACAUAUCAAACGUCAUGAAAUAGAAAAUUAUGACCAUCUAAGGUCAUGCCAAUAUCCUAUGACCCAACCUGGUCACGCCGGAAUCGGUCACCGGAGGCCACUGGGGGACACUGCAGAAGUAUGCAAAGAACCCUACCAAAAAACGUAAACAACACUGACGAGCAAGAUGUGUUGUGAGUAGCGCGGAGUAAACAAACUUCAAUUGUGAUGUAAUUCAAACUUACCGUUCCCGAAAUCCCACCCGCGAAAACCGAAGUACCCGUACGAAACCCGUGGAAUUCGUCGUCAUCUGGACCAAAUAAAACAAAUCGAAAUUUGCCCCGCUGAGCUGGAUCCACCACCGCCAUCGCAAACAAGCCGCACCGCUGAACGCCGUCACGCACACUUUUGCUGUUUUUGUAGUGCAUACUACUGCACGAUGGCCACGAACACAACUACUGUCGACGACAAAAACAACAAGCAAUUCCUGCAGUCGUCGUACGUCCAGGGCUGUCAAUCGUCAAUCGAUGGAAGAAUUGGGGAUAAUUCGAUGACGUUGGAUAUUGCUGUGAGGAUGCUGAUGAUGCAGUUCACCGAGAUGAAGUUGAUGCUUGAGACUUUUCGCACCGACUUCAACCGUAAAAUCGACACAAUCAAAUCGGAGCUUCAAGGCAAGGUGAGCGUUCUUCAAAGCGACAUCACGACACUGAAAGCAGAAUACGAAGGCAAGUUUGUCAACCAGGAUGCUACGUUGGGCCAAAUAAACCAUCGUGUUGAUCACCUCUACCUGAACAUCGGUGCCUUGGAGAAUCAGAAGGAGUUGAUCAUCUCAGGUGUGCCAUUCGUGAGUGACGAAGACCCGGACGCACUUUUUGCGAUGAUCUGUCGACAGCUGGAAUGCAGCGAAGGUGAAGAACUGCUGACGAGUACCAGACGAAUUUACGCGAACGGAUUGAAGAACGGGGACGUUAGCCCUCUACUCGUGGAAUUCGCUCUAAAAACUACACGCGACCGGUUCUACAGUACAUACCUGCGUAGGCGGGACCUUAAGCUGCGACAUCUCGGCAUGUCGUCGGAUCGACGUGUGUUUAUCAACGAGAACCUGAACGCUGGCGCUCGUGAGGUGAAAAAGGCGGCCCUCCUGCUGAAAAAAGUGGGUAAGCUGACAUCCGUUUUCACCAAGGGAGGAAUAGUCCACGUAAAGCGCAGGGUUGGUGACCCACCGAUCGCUGUUCAGUCUGUGAAAGAUCUGGAUGACGUGUAGCCGU